UNCACCUAAUGCAACACUGGGGAGAUGGAUCAGAUGAAGCUGAAGACCACCAACAAACACCUCCAAAGCUCCCUAAGCUCCACCUCACCUCUCAACCACACCACCACUCACCCCAAUAUUCCAUUUCUACCCUUCCAUUGUUUGCCCCUCAAGAAAACUCUACCACCACUACCCCUACCAUUAACCUCACCAGGACAGGGAGCUAUUUCAGCUCAGCCCAGUGGCAGGAGCUUGAGCUCCAGGCUUUGAUUUUCAGACACAUGAUAGCCGGAGCCGAUGUUCCUUCUGAACUACUACAUCUUGUCAAGAAGGGCCUCGCAAAUUCUCCAUAUUACGUUUGUAACCCCAUUUAUCAGUACUAUCCUCAUUACCAGCCACCUCUGGUGCAGUCGGGAUAUUGGAGUAAGGCGGCGAUGGAUCCGGAGCCUGGUCGGUGCCGGCGUACGGACGGCAAGAAGUGGCGGUGCUCGAGGGAUGUCGUCCCCGGCCACAGAUAUUGUGACCGUCAUGUUCACCGCGGCAAAUACCGUUCAAGAAAGCCUGUGGAAAGCCCAUCUGCUCCGGCUGCCGCCUCCUCCGCCGCCGGCGGAGGCGGCGGCGAUGCCCUGAAGAUGAACCAUCCCGCCACCCAGUUCGGUUUUUCGGGGACUUCGUCUAAUCUUCUUCAUCUUGAUUCGAGGCCUUUGGACUCCAUAGUUGAGACCGAUUGCCCUUACGAAGUCCAAAACGACGGCGGCCGAACACUUAGGCCCUUUUUCGACGAUUGGCCGAGAUCGCUUCACGAGACGGACAGCACCGCCAGCUCAGCAGCCUCGGCCACCAAUCUGUCGAUCUCGAUGAAUGCGCCCUCUGACUUCUCCUUGAAGCUUGGAACUGGAGAUGGGGAUGAGCAUGGGGCCCGCAUAGUGGGAGGCCAAGGUGAAGUGGGCCGGGCCCAAAUGAAUUGGGGCAUGGCGUGGGAAGGUAAUCGUGUGGGCCCAAUGGGAGGCCCGCUGGCGGAGGUGCUGAGGUCACCCACGACAGACUCGAUGCCGACGAGCGUGCUGCUACAUAGGCUGACGAGGGGUUCGGAGGCUGGCUAUGUUGUUAGCUCUUGAUAUCUUGAUGUGUUUGUUUGUUUGUGUGCUUAUUUGGAUGUUUUUUUUUAAGAUGAUAUUUGAGGUUUUAUUUGUCUUAUCAUGUGUGGUUUGUUGAUGUUCUCUUGAAACGUGAUUGAAGUAAUUACAAAGCUUAUGUAAUUUCUGGAUGUGCAGUGCACCCUAUUGGUUCAGUUAAUCGAACCGACUGAGAUGUUGAAAUCGAAACCGA